GGGUCUUUACCAGAGAUUUCGAUUUUUGAGAGCAUUAAAGGGGGUUAGUUAGUGUUAAGCUUUUCCUUCGAUGGCGGAAUUGGUUGGGCCUCGCUUGUACAGUUGCUGUAAUUGCCGAAACCAUGUUUCCCUUCACGACGACAUCAUUUCUAAAGCUUUUCAGGGGAGAAACGGGCGAGCCUUUCUGUUCUCCCAUGCGAUGAACAUAGUCGUGGGUCCAAAAGAAGACAGGCAUCUCCUGACUGGCCUCCACAGUGUUGCUGAUGUCUACUGCUGUGAAUGCCGUGAGGUGUUGGGUUGGAAAUAUGAGCGAGCUUAUGAAGCAACACAGAAGUAUAAGGAAGGGAAAUUCGUACUUGAGAAAUCGAAGAUGGUCAAGGAGAACUGGUAACCACUUGUGGUACCUCUUUCAUGAAUCGCAGUGCUGUUGUAAGUUUGUCAGAUUUCAAUUCUUCUGAUGUUCGGCUUGUACAGAAUCUUCACCAAUUGAAAUAUUUUAGUCUUUUGUUCUUCUCUGUGCAUUCUU